UGUUUAAGUUAAACGGCUUAUGCAAAUCAAACCUCGAUCAGCUGCUAAAGCUAAACAUUUGUGUUUUUUUAAAAACAAUAUCUACUCGAAUUUUUCGUUAUUUUGUAUUGAUUGUGUAUAUUGGACCUCUCCGUUGAGCAGUAAUAACUCAAAAUGGCAAACUUACCACCAGCUUUGCUUGCUAGACUUCAGAGAAGAGGAAUAGUUCCAGGUUCCAACAAAAAGGCUAAAGAUCAAGAGCCUGAAGAAGAGGUUAUUGCUGAAGAUUAUGAUGACCCCGCUGCUAUGAAGGGAUCUGGAAAUGGUAAAGAUAUGGCUCCUGGUUGUCCAAACAAAUAUAAUGUUCAUCACGACUGUAGCGACUUUUGUUUCAAGCAUUGGGGCCAAGGAGAAGUGAAUCCUCCACCAACCAUCCAAAGAAAAUAUAAUAAAAUCUUGAAAAAAUAUCCUCUACCGGCUAAUUGGCAACAAGUGUGGGAACCAGGAUUAGUUCGUUAUUAUUUUUGGAAUACUGUCAGUGAUGAAGUCUCAUGGCUUCCUCCUGGUCAUCCUGAAGCUAAGAUAUCUUUACCUGUCCCUAAGUUGAAAGCUCGUCUUAAAGAAGAGGAACAAGUUCUGCAAAGUUUGAAUUCGGAUGAUGAUGAAGAUGGCUCAUUGGAUGAAGACUCUAACGACUCAGAAUCAGAUAUGAGUUCAUAUGACUCAAUGGAAUCUGAGGAAGAAACAAAAAAGAAACAAAAAACCUCACAUCAUCGUCCUACGUCUCCACACUCAUCAAAUCGCUAUCGAGGAAACCGCUCCAAAAACCUUAGAAAUGAUCUUGAUCCAAUGGAUCCAGCCUCUUAUUCAGAUUCAUGCCCUAGAGGAAGAUGGUCUGAUGGAUUAGAGACAAAAGUAAAAGCUGGGGCUGAUGCAACAGUCACUGGUACUGCAUACCAGGCUAGACCAUAUCCUAAUCCUGGCGCGGUUCUUCGCAUGAACAAAUCCUAAUACUAUUGUAAAAAUGUACUUGUGAAAUUAUGACUGAGCACAAUGUUGUUCUUGUUUGAUCUCAAUCAAUCAGAGCUUAUGGGACAAUUAGUAGUCAAGGUUUGACUUAAGACACAAUACCAGAAUCUCUUUAAUAAAUGCCCGCAUUUAUUGGAAAAAGAGUUUCGACUAAAGGUUCAAUAUUUUUAAGCUCGUUUUAUCACACUGUUUUGUAUCAUAUUGAAAUUUCUAUUGUUUUGCGCCUAUUCUAACAUCAUGAUAAAAGGAGGGUCUCCAGAAUUUUUCACUUUUUUAUCCUUGGGAGUUAAGAACUCAACUUUUUUUCCUAAAUAGAGUCCUACAUUCUGAGUUCAAAAAUAAAAACUAUUCUCAUUUUAGA